AGCGGGAUCCUCAUCCAAUCGAGUAUAGCGAAGAUCGCCCUCAACUUGACCAAUGAGUGCCCUUGUUACUGACGUCCGCAGCCGACCCAAUCGGAGCCCGCGCGCCUUCCCGGCGCCAGCCAAUGAGCGCGUUGGCGCCGGCGCUGCGCGCAUGCGCGGGGGGCGCGGCGCUCCGGAACACAAGAUGGAGGCGGCGGCCGAGCGGUGAAGCGGAGGCGGGAUCAGCGGCGCGGCGGUCGGGUGUGGAGCCUCCUCCCUGCACAGCCGUUUGCAGGACAGAUGCAAACAAAAUGGCCAGUGAAAAUCACAGCAGCCUGCAAGCGGGGGAUCCCACAACAAUGAUCCAUCCAGCAAGUACUUCUGACCAAGGACAGCCCUCAUCGCCAAAGUCUGUAAAACCUUUGGUGCAGGAUCUGCCAGAUGAGCUGGUGCAGGCAGGAUGGUCAAAGUGUUGGAGUAGGAGAGAAAACAGGCCAUAUUACUUCAACAAGUUCACCAACCAGUCGCUGUGGGAAAUGCCUGUGUUUGGACAGCAUGACAUCAUUUCUGAUCCUCUUGGGUUAAAUGCAACUGUAGAAUCAGGUGAAGGCAAUUCGGUAGCUGAAAAUGCACAACGGAAGCGGCGACAUUCUGAGGAUACCCAGCAGCAAUCAGCAAAUAGCUUCAAAAAACCCCGAACAGAUGCCUCCUUCACUCCUACAACUCCAACAAUUCCUAUUUCACCCGUCGCUUCUGGUGCUCCGAGCACACCGUUAUCCCGAACAACUGGAUCCAAGUCAACUGAUGAAAAACUACAACCUACGCCUUCAUCAUUAUUGUCACUGGCACCAGGGGCGUCAGCAUCUUCAUCGUCCUCGUCGUCAGCUGUUCUUGCACCUGUAUCUAUCCGUCCAACAGCUGUUUAUUGGGACCUUGAUAUUCCAACUAAUGCAGUGAUUAAGGAGCGUGCCCCAAUUGAGCUGCUUCCACCACACCCAGACGUGGAAAUACUACGAGCACAACUGACAUUAAAACUGAGACAACACUACCAUGAGCUGUGCCAACAGAGAGAAGGGAUUGAUCCGCCUCGUGACUCAUUUAAUCGCUGGCUUUUGGAACGCAAGGCAAUCGAUAAGGGCAAGGAUCCUUUGCUGCCCAGUGAUUGUGAUCCUGUUGUGUCUCCUUCCAUGUUUCGGGAAGUAAUGAAUGACAUUCCCAUCAGAUUGUCUCGUAUUAAGUACAGGGAGGAAGCCCGAAGAUUGCUUUUCAAAUAUGCGGAGUCGGCAAAGCGGAUGAUUGAAUCCAGGAAUGCUACACCAGAUAUCAGGAAAACUGUGAAAUGGAAUGUUGAAGAUACUUUCAACUGGCUACGAAAGGAGCCAUCUGCUACUAAAGAAGAUUAUAUGGAGAGGCUUGAACAUUUGCGGAAGCAAUGUGGACCCCACGUGGCAGCAGUGGCUAAAGAUUCAGUGGAAGCAAUCUGUGGGAAGAUCUAUUACAUAUCUGGUGAAUAUGUGAAGCGAGUCCGAGAGAAGCAUUUAGCAAUACUCCGAGAGUGCAAUAUGUCAGAAGAGUUGGAGAGGCCAGAGGUAAUGGACAGGUUGGUGUACUGUUAUCCUUCAAGGCUUGCAUACCCUCCAAUUCCACUCCCACGUGUUGAAAUGCACUUUGAGAAUGAUAUUGCCUGUGUACGUUAUAAAGGAGAAGUUAGGAAGAUCAGCCGGAACUACUUAAGUAAACUGGAACAGUUGUAUAGGUACAGUUGUAUUGAUGACCCACGGUUUGAAAAGUUCUUGGCAAGAGUCUGGUGUUUACUCAGGCGAUACCAGUCCAUGUUUGGUCUCGGAACACAUGAAGGUACUGGCUUACAAGGGGCUUUACCAGUAGCUGUGUUUGAAGCACUGAACAAACAGUUUGGUGUGACGUUCGAGUGCUUCGCCUCACCACUGAACUGUUACUUCAGACAGUACUGCUCUGCGUUCCCUGACACGGAUGGCUACUUUGGUUCUAGGGGCUCAUUCUUGACUUUCUCACCAGUCAGCGGCUCCUUUGAAGCAAAUCCUCCGUUUGGUGAAGAGCUGAUGGACAGUAUGGUCACACACAUGGAGAACCUGCUGGGGAAUUCAAACGAGCCACUGUCAUUCAUUGUGUUCAUCCCUGAAUGGAGAAACCCUCCAACACCAGCUUUGGUCCGGAUGGAGGAGAGCAAGUUUAAGCGCCACCAAAUCCUAGUCCCAGCUUACGAGCACGAGUACAGAAGUGGAGCGCAGCACAUCUGCAAGAAGGAAGACAUCUAUUAUAAGGCUGUGCAUUCCACAGCUCUCAUCUUCCUGCAGAAUGAUGCUGGGUUUGCAAAAUGGGAGCCUGUGCAGGAGCGGGUGCAGGAGUUAAUGGCAGCUUACAAAAUAACAGGAAAGUCGUCAUCUUCCUCGUCCUCCUCUGUGGCAUCUGGCGAAAAAGACCAGGAACAGAAUCGGGACCAAAGCAGCAACACCGAGCACCUUUGAACUGUGAUUGAUAAAGGGAGCACAGAACAGCUAAUGCUCUGUGUGGUUUUAAACAGACUGACUCGAAGCAAGCUGCAUAACUAUUGUCAUCACCAGCAAGAAGUGUACAUAUGUACAGUGUCUUUCUAAACAGAACCAUAGUUCUGGAUUCUUAAUGUUUGUUGCUUUUACUUUUACCAAGGUGUGUAGGAGAGAGAAGCAGAAUGUGUCUGUGUAAUAUAUUCUAUGAAAAUAUUUCAUAACAGAAUACCGUGUCAGUUUUAUCAGCUUUUUUUAUUUUUUUGAGAUUAUGCAAUUCUGCCUAAUUUUUGUAAACUUUGCAAAUAGUGGCUGUAGACAUUCUCCAUUUUAAUGCCGUGAGUAUAGGAAUUUCUUUAUAUUGCUGAGAAUUAAGUUUAUGUGUACAAACUGAUGGCUAGGAAUUGAUUGGUGUCCUUUUAAGAAGUGUUGCUUCUUGUUGACCUAUGUAGACUAUCUCUGAAUUGUUCAAAGACAGCUUCACGCACUUGAGUGUGCAAGUGUAUGUCAUCCAGUGUGUACUGUCCAUCUUUGCAUUUAAUCCUUCACUGGCACAGGGGAGAAUAAUGAACUCUUGAAGGGAAAUCUUGAAAGCUACAGGGAGAGAACAGAGAGAUGGGAUUAGAGCGCAGAGCUCGAUUGUGAAGCAUGGGCUCCUUCAGCUUUCUCUCAUAAAGAUUGUGGAGACCCACACUGUGCACUCAGUCAGCAUGGUUAGUUUCCCACGUGCAGCAUGCUGUGGAUACAGAGCUUGUUAUACAGGUGCUGUCGGACAGCACUCCGCUUCAAGUAACCAGAACUUAUCUGGGCCACCCAGUGAAGGGUUAAAUGCAGGGUUGCUUUGUUUAGAACAAGAUAACCUGUCACAGAGUAACUGAGAUUGUAAGAUACUGCUACCCAUGCAUUGUCUCAACCGCAGCACCCAGCACAGCCAGGCCACCAGAGAUCCUAAUUCUCCACUUCUGCCAUAUCUGCUGGAAGGUUCACAUAAGCCACAAGGUGGUGGGGAAAUGGUGGUUACCGCAUAACAUUUAGUUCAGGUAUAGCCACUCUUGGUUCAGCCGCACUCAGGAUUCGAGUAAUGCUUCACACAACUGAAGUCCAGGAUUGAAAUUCUUCUGAACUUAAAUGCAAUCAAGCAUGGGGGGCCUGGCUGAUCUGGGCAGGGCUGCAUUCUAAGUAUUGUAUGACAGUCUUAUUGUAACAGUACACAACAUCAGGUUGGAUAAGCAGCUUCCUACUACAAAACUUUAAAACAGCGACUGUGCAAAGUGAA